CAUUGUUCCACAUAUAUGAUCGGCAUUUUCUUUUAAAAACUGACCUUGAGAAAGCAAAUACGAUUACGAAAGCACUAAUCUUAGAUUCUUGAUGUUCAAAGUUCUCAAUACCGUCGGGUACUACCUAUGUUGUAACUGUUUGAGAUCUGUCGUCACUGUAGAUUCAAAAGAGGUGGAUAUAUGUUGCAAAGAUAUGAUCAGUGAUCUACCAGAAGCUCUUAUUUGUCACAUCUUGUCUUUCCUUCCCGUAGAAGUUUCGGCUUUGACUUCAGUACUUUCGAAAAAGUGGCAGUAUCUUUUUGCUUUAAGACCAAAUCUUGAGUUCGAUGACGCUGUAAUAUAUCUCAAUCCGGACGGAAAAAGGGAUGAGACAAUGUUUAUGGAUUUCGUGGAAAGAGUAUUGGCUUUGCAGGGUGAUUAUCCUAUCAACAAGUUGUCUCUAACAUGCCGACGUUUUAUUGAUUCACUUUGCGUCUCUCGUUGGAUAUCAAAUGCCAUGGAACGCGGUGUCUCGGAUCUUGAAUUACGCUUAAAUGUUAAUUGGGCUAAUACGAUGAUGCGUCCAAAUGUCUUUGUGAGCAAGACACUAGUUCAUCUAAAAAUAGAAACUGGAAACGGUGUCGUCAUUGAUGUGGAAGAUGUUUUUCUUCCAAAGCUCAAGACUCUCCAUCUUAAUAAAGUUCUCUUACAACACAGUGAUAAUGGCUUCGUGAAGCUUAUUACUAGUUGUCAUGUUCUUGAGGAAUUAGUUAUGACGAAUCUAUGUUGGGAUGGUUACUGGAAACGCGCCGUGUCUUCAAAAACCCUCAAAAGACUAUCGUUACUUUGUGAAAGCGGUGACAACAAUCCGUAUAGUGUUUCUUUUGAUACACCCAAUCUUGUCUACUUGUUUUACUAUGAUUUUGUUGCAGACAAGUAUGAUGAACUGAAUUUCGAUUCACUUGUUGAAGCUAGUAUCUGUCUUCAAAUGACAUCAGAUCAACGUGCAAAUGUAAGCUAUGAACAUAUGGUCGGUGAUGCUACAAAGUUUCUUAUGCGGAUAAAAAAUGUUCAGAUCCUUUACUUAUUUGCCAAUACCAUUGAGGUACUUACUUUCUGCUGUGAGCAAAUACCGGUAUUCAAAAACCUGACUAAUUUAACUAUUAAGACUCACAAACAGGCAGGAUGGGAAUCAUUGCCAGCUCUACUCAAGAACUGUCCAAAUCUAGAAACCCUCAUCUUCCAUGGAAUCCAUCACAAAGAUACAAUGAAAUGUGAGGAUGUUGACGGAUGUCUAUGAAAAUCUUCAGGUUACAUUCCUAGUUGCUUAUCAUCAAGUCCGGUGAAGGUUCUAAAGAUAUGGAACUUUGGUGAAAUUCGUGAUGACUAUGAUGACGUGGAGAAGCAGAUGGAGUUGGUCAUGUAUUUCCUAGAGACUAUGCCGAAUCUUGAACAAAUAAGGUUAUACCACCAGAUAAAAUUGGAAGAAGAUGUGAUAAACCAACUUGAGAUGUUAGCAACCUCGACGAAGUGCACUGUUUAUCUAAUCUCUGAUGCCUAACAUCUGCUAUAUGCGUGUCUACGAAUUAUCUCUUCGGUAUCG